GUGUGUCAGUAUUGUGCGUGUACAUUUGCACGCGUGUGUAUUAAUAACCUUUAACCCGCGUUAGAUUUCAGUCUUUUACCAGCCUCCCUCCCCUCCUCCCCUCUUUCUGUCUGUGGUAUUGCCUGAUGAAUCCCAACAUCCGUGUCUAGCCAACCAUCUCGGUUCACCACUCCGUCCUCUUCUCUGCUCUUCCCGUAUCCAGGUCCACAGUCCGGAUAUUUCUUGUGGUUCUAAUCCACUCCAAGCUCACCCAAACGCAUCAAUUUUAAUAACAUUCUUCUUUUUCGACAGGUCGACGCCUGACAUAUCAACCAAAAUGAGUGUGCUGUUUUCCAAGGCCCUUCCUGAGACCACGCAAGUGCUGGAAGCCAGCGGUGAGAGGUUGGAAGUCGAGGUCGACAACCCCGCAGACCUAGCCAGCAUCAAGUGGAAGCACUGCACAGCUGACGACGAAGGCGAAUAUGGAGACGAGAUCGAUAUCAAGUUUGACGGCGUCCGUGUCACACAGGAGGACUCACCGGAGUCUGGUACCUACGCCAUCGUCUUUCAAGAGCUUAUCAUGGCCGACGACGGAAAAUAUAUUUGCAUUGCCACGGACAAAAAAGGAGGGGAAACAAGAGUCGAAGGCGAUCUUGUAAUCGAGCCUCUUCCAGAAACCGCUCGUAAUCUAAUCAAGAAGAAGGAGCACAAAGCCUAAUUUAAGUUUUAGUAUCAUUAAGUUAAUACAAUCAUUCAAUCUUAAUAGGCACCCCUUAUUCUGCGCCACCAAGGGCCUGACUUGAUUUUCACUUUGAAUGGUAUGUAGUUCUUUUAAUAUGUUACAAUGGUAACGUUAAAAGGACUGGUUUCAGCGGCAAUAUUCCAAAUAAGAACACAUAUUCCGUUCUACUUGAGUCGCUCCACAAACUUGCCAAUACUAACAUCUCAAAGUUGAAGCCCAAGUCGUAAAAUUAAUACAACAAAAGGAUGGAUUUUUUUCUAUCUAUUUUAGGCAAAAAAUAUGGUUUAGUCGUGCAAUCGAUGUUAAGGUGAGGGAUAAGAUUGAUUUUCGAAACAAAGAUUAUGUUUGUUAACAAAAAAAGUGAUUUCUACAUUCAUACGAGAAUCGUUCUUAUUUUGUUUUAUUACAUUUGUUAUUUAUUGGGGCUGAGUAUGAAUAUGUUUAACGCUUUUUUUAUAUACCAAAAACCUUGAAAAAAAUAUUUGAGGAUUUGAGAAGCUGUGGUUUUCAGGUUUUCUGGCUUUUUUGUACAAAAGAAAUGAAAAUAAGGCACAUUAACUGGGAAUCGGAAAAGAUGUAUAUUAUCAACUUUUCUACUGGGGUGUAAAAAGGAAAAAAAGGAGAAUCAAAUGCGAAGAAAGUCUUCCAGAAAAUUCAGGAUUUCAGAAAACAAGACAUGACUCAGCUGUAUCGUAUAUUUGUUACUGUUUUAUGAAUAUUUCUAUUGAUGUUUACAGCAAAUUGUCGUAGUGUGUGCAAAUUGAAAAUCACUGUUUGCUAUAUGACGUGUCUUAUGUAAAUCUGUAUAUUGUAUCUUCCUAAUUCCUAAGCAUAGGGAUGGUCCAAUGUAAGAGGUACGCUAUGUAAACGCAUAGAUAAAAAAGACAUUGUUCAUUAUGCUUCAAAUUGAUAAGCACUAUGAACUGCAAAUUGCAAACUACAAUAAUAAUUUACAAAUUAUGUGUUACAAAGACAUGCCAUUACAGCGACAUAUCACACUUCGAGAGAGAAAUAUUUUAUAUGUUUCAGUUAUAUAUAUUUUUUCUGUCAAAUGCAGUGGAUGAUUAUUGCAACAAUUAGGAGUGUACUAUCUAUAUCCAGUUCAGACACACUAUCGUAGUUAUCGAAAAUACCAGCAAAACUGCCUGAUCAUUAUCAACAUUAUUAUUUCUUUUCAAUUCAUGUGAUAUGUUCUAUGUGCCUAGCAAGUUUAUUCCUGUUUCCCAAGACGCAAUUCAAGCUCUAGCACUUGCAAUUUUCCCUUUUACUGAACAAAGUUUGUUAUCAUUUAACAUACUUUUCAUGAAGUAAUAUUUCAAUUUCCUUGUUAAUAAUAGGUGAUGGCUGUUGUUAGUGUACAUUAUUAGUACAUACGAAAUGGAUAUAUCGCAAAGAGUUAUUAUCUACUCAUGGAUUAAUUUGGCUUAGUUACUGAAAAGUAAAUAUGACAAGUUUUGUGCCCAUUGGGUGGAGAGAAGAAAACUAAAACGUACAGUUAUGAAAGCCACUUGAAUACUUAUAUGAUUGUGUUUUUCAUAUCACAAUUGUGUGUUAGACACAAAGGAAGACAACAAAAGAAUAUUCCAAUGUCUGUGUCCCAUGCAGCAAGUGUUAGAUAGUUCUCUUCACUACUUAAUAAACAGACCAUGCGUCAUUUAUGUAUA